GAAAACAAACGUUUUCUUUUUGGUGUCUUAAAACUGUUAUUUAAGGCCAAGAAGGCAAGAAAAUUACUCCAUGGUCUAAUAAGCAUCUGACUAGAAUUUGUUCGCCAGACUUCAAACCAAAUUUGACUUGAGAACUUUGCAUAAAAAGUCGAAAUUUCUCGGCCUUAAGUAAAUAGAUUUCACUAACUCAAUUUAAACCCCUUUGAUAAGUGUUUUACGACAUUUAACUCUUCUAAACAAAUUUGGUCUUCCCUCUUUGUAAACUUUUUAUACCAUUUACCAGAUGGCUAAACCCUACAAUUAUUAUCUUUUGUUAGCUUUUUUGUCACUUCUUUAUGCCAGAAUUAUCACCAGCAGCUCUACAUUUUUUGACCCUGAUUAUAAUAAAAAUGUGAGGCCAAAUGAGGGCGUGGACGUCGAUAAAGCGGAGAUUGGACUGUUCAUUAACUCCAUCAGAACUGUGUCUGAAGUUGACAUGACUGUAGUGCUGGAUGUAUUUGUACAGGCAACUUGGACAGAUGUCAGACUGAAUCAAACAUGGUACAAUCUAUACCAAAACAUACAUGGUAUCAGCUACCACGAAUGCUCCGAACGGAACCUUUGUGUGGAACGAUUCACUCUUGGAAGUGACUUCGCCGAUUACAUAUGGAAGCCGGACUUCUACUUCCAGACGGCGGUGUCGAUUGUUCCGGCCGAUGACAAGAACGACAACGUGUGUCUGCGAUUCAACAGGAGUAUGUCAAUUCUCUACUCUAGCAGAUACAUUCUGACCAACUCUUGUCCAAUGGAGUUGUCUUAUUUCCCACUAGACAGACAUAACUGUCGUAUUCGAAUGGGAACGUACAAGUACUACGAUGACCAGCUGCGUCUGCGCUACGCUCCUCGGCUGUCAGGAAUGUACUCGAACCAAUCAACCGCCAACUUCAUCUUCAAUGACUUCGACCUGAGCAAAGACUACAGCUGGAUCGACGCUCCCUACAUGGGGGAUAUUUUCAGAGAACACGUGAUCACAAUUAGGAUGGCUAGGAAGUACCACAUCUAUCUGCUCACUAUAUACUUGCCAGCCUCGACGUUAGCUGUUUUGAGCUGGGUGAAUUUCUGGAUCGACCCAAAAAACACGCCAGAACGUGCGGGACUGACCAUCACAUUGACCCUUGCCCAGAUAGUUCUAGUAACAGGGGUGGCCCAAAGAUUUCCUUCAGUGAGUGACUUCAAGAUGGUGGACUUCUACCUCAUAGUCAGUUUUCUCUUCAACAUCGCAUCUCUAAUCGAGACUGUGCUGGCUGCUGUGUUCAUUAACCGGAAGUGUGCAUACAGAGUACACAAAGUCCACUACAAUGCUCACGUCACUGACAAAAUGAAAAGAAAGGACAGUCUUUUAAACAACGAAGACCAAAAAAUGUCGCAUUUGACAAAAUCAGAAUUGAGUAUUGACAUUACGGACAACAACAACUGCGAUUUCGAUUCUCAUCCGAAUGUUCUAGAAGACUUCUAUGACGACAAGGCUGCCUUGGUUGACAGAAAGAGUCGAGUUAUAUUCCCUGUUGCAUUCGUAAUUUGGAAUGCCUUCUUUUUUGGGCUCACUUGGAAGUUUGCAAACGACAAAGUUAUUUGAAACUGAAGACAAAUUUGAUCAAAACUCUAAUUUUAUUACCAAAAAACUGUUGCUUUGUUAGUAUUUAGAUGUUUGGAAAUAUGUCAGGAAAAAAGUCUGUGAAUGAACUGAAGAUAGUGAAUU